AAUACGUCACAAAGCUGUUAAUGAGUAGGAAUACCAAUAUAGUAUAUCAUGGCAUAACACACAUGUAUACACACUCUUGCAUAUAUACAUGACAGCAGAAUAAAAUGUAUUUAUCACAACAAGAAUAUAUAUGUGUAUAGAGAAUGCAUGGAUUUUCAUCAUCUUAUAUAAUAGUAUACUAAAUACAGUGGAUCUUAACAAGGAUGAAUGAUAGAAAACACUAAUAAAUGAAUACAAUUCUACAGUUAAGAUGAAUUGCGGAAAAGAACUAGAAAAUAUUACUCAUCAGUCAACUCAGGCUACUGGAGACCCUUACGCAUACAAACAGAUUCAGUAUGUGGUUUACCGGUUUGGUCUUCCCCUUGUAUGUGGAUUUGGAUUCUUGGGAAAUGUCUUAAACUUGAUCAUAUUGACUGGAAAGCGCAUUCAACGUUCGCUUAAGAAUAUGGAACGAUCUGCAAAUAUUUGUUUGAUUGCAUUAGCUUUUGCCGAUGCAAUGUUUUGCCUUUGUGCAUUCCCAACAACAUUUCUGCCACAUGACAAUAGCUUUGAAAAUAAAGGAUUUAUGCUAUAUUACGGCAUAUACAGUGCUGCAAUUAUCAAUAUUUUUAUCAUGAUCAGCACAUGGCUAACUGUCAAUCUAGCAACGGAAAGAUAUUUGGCGAUAUGUCAUCCAUUGAAGUCAAGGAAGAUCAUCACUUUAGGGAGAACAAAAUUUGCCAUUACAUCCGUCUUCAUUGUGUCGAUCCUCUUCAAUCUCCCAGUGUUUUGGAGAUAUGCGAUUAUAAGUGACACAGAUGAUCCAUGUGUUAAUGGAACUAAUUAUCGCAUGGUUCAGAUGGUUAUUGGAAGUACAAAAUUUGACCAUGCUUACAGGGCCGUGUGGGCGAUAUUUGGAAAUUUCAUGCCAUUAGUGAUGUUGAUAUUUUUCAAUGCUUGUCUCAUGAGGAAAAUACACCAAUCAAAGAUUAAUCGUAAAAGACUUGCAGCUAAUGCUCAAAGAGAGACUUCAAGUGAAUCUGAGUCAAGCAAUAGAGUGACCUUGACCCUGGUUGCCAUUGUUGUGAUGUUCUGUGUGCUUGUGGCUCCAUCUGAGAUAAUAAAGCAUUUGGCCUAUAUAAUCGCAAAUAACUUAGAUGAGAAUUACACUUAUCUCACGAUCGAAGUUGUAACAAACUUAAUGCAAACGAUCAAUUUCAGUGCAAAUUUCAUUUUGUACUGUAUUAUAAAUCGUUCAUUUAGGCGGACUAUGAAACACAUGUUCUGUGGCCUCUGUACAAGGGAUAAAAAUAAACUCCACAGAAUGACAAGUGUCACAAGUAGUUACAGUAUGAUUCGGACACAAAGUAGCGCAUAUAAAUAUGGAAGUCGCAGUAAUAGCCCUCGGAGAAACAGUCAAAAACAAUUUAUUAUGAACAUCAAUCUGAAAGCUCAAAAUCGUCCACAGACUUACAUAAAGGUGUCGAACGGUGAAAAUUGGAAAGAUGAAUCUAAUAGUCAUCUUUAAGCAUAUUUGGAUAUACAUACAUGUGCUAUGGGGAAACUUGUAAAUACAUACAAGUAUAUACUUAAUUGAUGUAGUAACUUUUUUAGUUUGUGAUAUUAGUGAUUCAUAUAUAUGUAUACUGAUCACAGAGGUAAUUUGUGGAUAUUAUUAUUGAAGUAAAUAAAACAAUACACAUUAAAUUACGUGAAUUCUGCUUUUUGAAUAGGUAUUUGAUAGAAAUGUCUCUCUUAAAUUUGAUGAACAUUUAUUAAAUAAUUGCAACAAUUAUCUAGUCAGAAAUUUAGUUUUAUUAAUAAAUUAUUGAAAAAUAAAAUAAUAUAAAUACAAUUAAAGUCACUGUUAUAUUGUUAUUUAUUUUUCAAAACCUAUAUGUUGACAAUCAACUAUAACAAGAGGCCACAAGAGUUUUUACUUUAGGAUCUGUGAAAGAUCAUCCAAUUUAUUUAAAAUUAGAUAGACACAUUAACAAAGCAAAAACUGAUUUCACAAUACACAACUAAAUUUUGCCUAUUUUCAUAUUUUACUACAAAUAAAAAGUCACAGAAUUUUUACUUUUAAACACUAAAACUACAAAG